AUGGGGCUCAUCCAGCGCCCAGCCCCGGGGCGCGGGGUCCCUUGCCGCUGGAGCUCGCAGUUCAACGUGCCCCCCAGCGCCCUGUUCGUGGCCCGGCCCGUGGGGGUCUGCUCCAUGAUGAAACUGCCCGUUCAGGCGUCAGCGGAGGGGCCGGAUGCGGCGCUGGUGUCGGGAAGUGUGCCCAGCAGCUUCUCCCGGCCGUGCUGUCUCCCCAGGUUCGGCCCGCGCCAGAUCCGGGCCGAGUCGGCGAUGGUGAGGAGGUACAACGCCAGCACCGGGGCAGCACCGUUUGACUCCCUGCGGGUGGCUGACAUCGGGGACGUGAACGUGAACCUCUACAACCUGCCCGACAGCUGCCGCCUCAUCCGAGAGUCCUACCAGGAGAUAGUGGCCUCUGGCUGCGUGCCCCUCACCUUGGGUGGAGAUCACACUAUCACCUACCCCAUCCUGCAGGCCGUGGCAGAAAAGCACGGUCCCGUGGGACUGGUGCACGUGGACGCUCACACCGACACCGGAGACAGAGCCCUGGGGGAGAAGAUCUACCACGGGACCCCGUUCCGGCGCUGCGUGGAGGAGGGGCUGCUGGACUGCAGCCGCGUGGUCCAGAUCGGUGUCCGAGGCUCCUCCUAUGAGCCCGACCCUUACAAGUACUGCCGGGACCAGGGCUUCCGGGUGGUCCUGGCUGAAGAGUGCUGGUGGAAGUCCCUGGUGCCGCUGAUGGGCGAGGUGAGGAGGCAGAUGGGGGACAAGGCGGUGUACAUCAGUUUUGAUAUCGACGGACUAGACCCCGCGUACGCCCCGGGCACCGGGACACCAGAGAUAGCCGGGCUCACGCCUGCGCAGGCUUUGGAGAUUAUUCGUGGCUGCAAAGGAAUGAACAUAGUGGGAUGUGAUCUCGUAGAAGUCGCACCCAUGUACGAUGUCUCUGGUAACACAGCUCUCCUGGGGGCAAACCUGCUGUUCGAGAUGCUGUGCGUUCUCCCCAGAGUGGAGACAAUGUGA